GAAUCAUCCUUGCACAAAUCUGGUAUAGUAAGAUUGAUCAUAAUAAAUACGUCAGCUACUAUGAAGAUGCAAGUGUUUUUGAUUUUCACACAAAUGCUGGUCAUGCGUGUGUUCACUCAAAGUCAAGAAUGUAUUGUUACUAUACCCAAUGGACCAAUUCGUGGAAUGCAAGAGUCUGUCUCGAGCCUAGCAAGUUUACCGUAUUUCAAAGGACGCGAUCUUACAUACAGAAAAUAUCUUGGAAUUCCCUAUGCCGAUCCACCUGUUGGAGAUUUGAGGUUUGAACCUCCGCAACCACUGAGUACAAAAUGGAGAAAGACAAGGAAUGCAACAAAAUAUUCAAACAGCUGUUGGCCAGCAUCGUUAUCCAUUGGUAACCCGGAUGAAGAUUGUUUAUACCUGAAUGUCUGGGCACCUGGAAAUGGUUCUAGUACAGUCGCCAAGGCAGUUAUGGUUUGGAUCCAUGGCGGAGGAUAUUCCUAUGGCAGUGCAGAGGCGUACGAUCCCACCAUGCUUACAGUCAUUGGUGAUGUAGUGGUAGUCAACAUGAACUACAGACUUGGUAUAUUUGGAUUCCUCAGCACGGGAAACAAUGUUGUACCGGGCAACAUGGGACUUCUCGACCAAAAAAUUGCAAUACGCUGGGUAAGGGACAACAUUGCCUUAUUUGGUGGUGACCCGAAGAAGAUUACCAUAUUUGGGCAGUCGGCUGGAGGAGCAAGUGUCUCUCAACAUGCAACUUCUCCGACAAAUAUUGGAGUUUUCCAAAGAGCCAUAUGUCAAAGUGGAACGAUGUUAUCAAGAUUUGCACUGAACAGAGAUAUAUUACCAUUCGUAAAAAGGACGGCGGCAAAGGUCAGUUGUGAUCUUCCCAAAAUGGUAGAAAUGGUAAAAUGCCUUCGGAAAGUAAAGGCAAAAGAUUUGCUCACUGCCGCGCUACCUCCCCCUUCACUACUUGGUGACCUUUGGAAGUGGAUGCCUGUUGUGGAUGGAAAUUUCAUUGUGGAAGACCCCUUAGACAUGAAGAAGAAGAAGAGAGGACCCGUCAUACGCAUGCUUAAAUCAAUUGAUUUGAUGAUUGGCUUCAACAAUCAUGAUGGAUUCUCGAACGUUUGGGUAUGGGCGAAGAACCAUUUACAGAAGGAUGCCCCUUCUUUUCCACAAGCUUGGGAUCAUACAGCAUCAUUUUUAUCAGCAUUUCGAAAUCUUGUAAAAUAUUAUACUGAUACCAAUUAUGCGGGAGUAUCUACUGUGGAAGAUGCAUUUUCGUAUGCAUACCUUGACCCUGAUCUUGGAAAUGACACUGGAAAUGAGAAACUUGCUGAAAUCACGCACGAUUUUAUGACUGAUGCUCGAUUUAAAAUUCCAACAAUUGAAUUUGUGAAGAUGCAUGCAGCACAAGAAGGACGUACAUAUCUGUAUGAGUUCACUCAGAAGAACACCGGUGCUAUUGGGAAACCUGAAUGGUUGAAGGGGGCCGAACAUAGUGAUGAUCUUCCCUAUCUAUUCCCCGAUGUUGCAACCUUCCUUGGCAGGCCUAAAUCAGAACAAGGUCUCUCACACAACAUGAUUACAUAUUGGACUAACUUUGCAAAAACUGGAAAUCCAAAUGAACCAGCUUCCAGCCAAGGACUUCCAGAAUGGCAAACCUUCACGACAGAUAGCGGAAUGUACUUGAAACUAUCAAAUAACAUUACUCUGGAUGGUGGCAUUACAAAAACGGGCCGAAUUGAAUUAUGGACAGAGUUUCUUCCGAAGAUUGCUGGUUCUGCCAAGUGUGAAGGUCGAAAAAUAAUGAGAAAAAUGAAUAGAAAAGAGGAAAAGUCUGAUGGCGCAUAAUCUGAUUUUAUCUGAAAGACAAAUGCUGCAUUUUCGUAUGCACGCGUGCAAUAUACUCGUGCAGCACUUAAUGAGCCUUAGCAGCAGGUAUCACGAAAAGGAACAAUAACAGCUCAUUCAAGCGCACUUAAACCGUUUAGACUCGUUUGGGUCAAGCGUUUGUGCAUCACAGAAUUGCAACAAACGUUUGUGUCUUUGCGCGCUCGGAUGAGUCGUUUUUGUUUAAAACAUGCAAUUUACGCCAUGAGGUCCAUAGAUCUUUUUCAUGAUACGGCCCAUCAAGUGCUGCAUGCGCAAACGCACCGCGUGUAGUUCCAAAAUACAGCCUAGAUGUGUUGACAUGACCAGCAGAUAAUCGUAUUCAUGUUGCACAUCAAAUUAAAAACAUUAUCUAAGGCCAAGACACACAAACUUUAUAUCUUCAUAAUUAGUUGAAUUAUUGUAAUUUGAUGGCAAAUCAUAUGAAUAUGAAUAGUACCUGCCGCGUGUCCCGAUAGCUGUAAGCUAUCGAGUUAAGGGCAGGGCUCCACUAUAAAAGCAGAAAGUCAGUUAGAAAAUUAUGUAAUAGCGUUUGAAAGUUUAAAUGUCCAUAGAAACGGACACUUCAGACCUAUUUUUCCAGAUAUAUCUAUAUUUUUGCAUAGAAUCAGCUAAACUUUGUCACAGUUAUUCAUGAAUAUAUUCUGAAUCCACUGG